CUUUUGUAAACAACCGCCAGUGUUUGAAGAUUAGAGCAAGACUGGACCUGAUUCCUGAUAGUUUCACACUACCGAUCAAAACAUACUUGGACAAUUUAAGAUCAAAAUGACAAAUGUUUUGGAGGAUCCCUCUCUUGAGAGGCACUUCAAGGGACACAGGGAUACAAUUACCAGUGUCGACUUCAAUCCAAGUAUGAAACAAUUAGCUUCUGGUUCUAUGGAUUCAUGUCUGAUGGUAUGGAAUUUCAAACCACAAAUGAGAGCUUACAGAUUUGUUGGUCACAAAGAUGCUGUUAUGGAUGUAAAGUUUUCACCUUCAGGACAUCUUGUUGCUUCAGCCUCAAGAGACAAAACUUGCAGAUUGUGGAUACCGACUGUGAAAGGAGAAUCGACAGUAUUUAAAGCUCACACAGCCACUGUCAGAAGUAUAGAUUUCUCUAGUGAUGGCCAAACAUUACUAACUGCAUCAGAUGAUAAAACAAUUAAGUUAUGGACAUGUCAUAGGCAGAAAUUCCUGUUUUCUUUAAAUCAACACAUAAACUGGGUCAGAUGUGCUAAAUUUUCACCAGAUGGAAGAUUAAUAGUAUCAGGUAGUGAUGAUAAAACUGUCAAGUUGUGGGACAAGAAUAGUAAAGAAUGUAUCCAUACAUUCUAUGAACAUGGAGGAUUUGUAAAUCAUGUUGAAUUCCAUCCCAGUGGUACAUGUAUAGCAUCAGCAGGUACAGACAGUACUGUGAAAGUCUGGGAUAUCAGAACCAAUAAACUACUGCAACAUUACACAGCUCAUUCAGCAGCAGUGAAUAGUUUAGCUUUCCAUGCCAGUGGGAAUUAUUUAUUAUCAGGAUCUGACGAUGCUACACUAAAGAUUUAUGAUUUAUUAGAAGGAAGAUUGUUUUACACAUUACAUGGUCAUCAGGGUCCUACAACAGCGGUGACUUUUGCAAGAGAUGGUGCUUACUUUGCUUCUGGUGGUUCUGAUGAACAGGUCCUAGUGUGGAAGACAAAUUUUGAUCAAUUAGAUUUUGAUGAUGUCUUGCAAUCACAUAAAGAAAGGGCUAAAUCAAAAGAGCCUCCAAAAGUCAGUGACAUUCCUCCACGAACACAAAAGAGAGCUGGAACACCUACCAGAUUGGAUUGUAGAGCAGAACUUAAAAAUAUGGAAGAUGAGCAACCCUUAGUUACAGAAGUAGGACCUGCACUGUUUUCUUCUGGACAGUCAUCGUUAGCAGUUAAUGGACUUACACAAGAAUAUGAUAUAACAUCGUCAGAUCAGGCUAUCAGAGAAUCUUCCUCGAGAUCCAGAACCUCACAGCUUCAAUCUUCACAGUCCACUACUCAACAGCUAGAAGCUAAAUCUAUCCCUCCACAGUUAUCUAAUACAUUAGAACAAAUUGUUGGUCAGCUAGAUGUUUUAACGCAGACAGUUUCACUAUUAGAACAAAGAUUGACAAUGACGGAAAACAAAUUACGUGAAUGCUUGGACAAUCAGCAGAAAAUUACGUUACAGAUCCGUCCCACAGAUUAGUUCUCUACGAUAUGUGCUACUGUCACCCAUAACAAGAUUUAUGCCAGAAGAAAAUGACUUUACUAAUAGACCCACAGAUUGGAUAGUAUUAUGUCACAAAGAUAUGUACCAACUUCACAUGAAAUCAGAUUUAAUGUCCAAGUUUGUAGGGUUUUUUUGUAAUCUCAAAUAAAAAGCAGAUCUGAAAAACAAUGCAGUUUAAUUUAAAUUUUGUGUGCAUUUCACAUAAAUCUUUAUUUAGUUGGAUAUUUUGUUAAAUGUUAGUUGCAGAACAAAACAGAAUUUAUCAUCAGGUAAUUGAUUGACAAAGAUUGAGUAGAAGUUAUGCAUCUAUUUUUUGUAGCCUCAUUGGGAAUAGUAAUUGACUUAUUAACCUAUUUGAACAUAAAUUGUUUAGGUUUUUUUUUUUUUAAUUUUCAAAAUAAUAAAUAUCAUUGGUUUAAAACUGUUUGAUACCUGAUAGAAACAUUCUACUUCUUAUAUUAUAUAAGAAAUGUAACACUUUAUAUACUUUUCAUGAAUUUUACCCCCAAAAAGUAAGGUAUCUUGUAACAUAUUUUCAAAUCACAUCUUCAGAUUUAUAAUGAUUUUUAAUUUGAUAUCAAAGAUACCAUCCAUUAUUUCUUUUCCUCAACCAAUUUUGAAAAAAAAAUCAUUUGUAUCUUUUAAAGGCAAGUUUACGUCAUUAUACCUUUCAGGUUAUGUCUGAAGUAUGCAUUUUAAUGGUGCAGUUCAUAUUUUAUUUUUAUUAUGAAUCAAAUUAUAUUGCUUCUGUCUCUAUGUUUAUGAAUUUAUUGAAUUUACUGGAAUACCUCCACAUUUUCAUCUUAUACUUGACUAGAAUCUCCUGUUACUAAAAUUAGAUUCUGUUUUGAAAAAGUACUAUUUUAUGAUACUUUUUUAUUGCAGGGAAACAUAAUGAUACAUGUAAAUAUUAAUAUGCCCCCUUUUGGUGAAGUUAGGCAUAAAGUUAUUUUUUUUGUUACUUUGUCUGUUCAUUUAUCCACCCACACUCCUCCUAAAUCAGUGACCCAAUUUUUAUUCACCCACACUCCUCCUAAAUCAGUGACCCAAUUUUUAUCCACCCACACUCCUCCUAAAUCAGUGACCCAAUUUUUACCCACCAACACUCCUACUAAAUCAGUGAUCCAAUUUUUAUCCACCCACAUUCCUCUUAAAUUAGUCACCCUAUUUUAUCCAUUCUUGCUCCUCCUAAAUCAGUGACCCAAUUUUUAUCUACCCACACUCCUCCUAAAUCAGCGACCCAAUUUUUAUCUACCCACACUCCUCCUAAAUCAGUGACCCAAUUUCAAUGAAUCUUCAGUACCUGAUUGUAUUGUGUACCUCAAAUUUUAUUUGUUAGAUUAUGAUGCUUUUUGGGGUUUCACAGGACGAAUCAUACAUUUUGCCAUGUCUAUUGAAAUAGGGAAGUGGGUGUUUGAAUUUGUAAUUUUUUUUUAAAGUUUUUAUGGAAGUUCUAGGUACAACUCUUAUAAAGUACCAAGACAACUAAGUAUAUCAUGUCAAAAUAAGAUGUAAUAGGUUUUAUACUUGAUAAGGGGUAUAUAUUUAGGUAUAGUGGAUUCAUUUAUUUUGGUGGAUACCAAUUUUCAUAGAUUGAGGGAAAAUUGUGUCUACCUGGAUAUUUGAUUUGAAGGAUUUGCCUAAGUCUGCUUAGAAGCCUAUAGACAAUCUAUAAUUCACAGAAUAUUUAAAUUUGUGGUUAACCUACACCCAUGAAAUACGAAAAUUAGUAUCCUGUGAAAAAUGAAUCCACAGUAUCAUUCAUAGAACCAGUCUUGUGAAUAAAAUUGAUAUGUCCUGUCAACAUUGUUUAAUUAGAUUUGUGAAGAUAUUAUAUUAUUGUUUGUUUGUACAGCUCUGUAGAUAUCUUAAAAGAAAAUGUAUAUAAUCAUUAAUUUUAUUUGUAAAUUGAAACUAAUACAUUUUAUUGUACAUACUUAUAUCAGUAAACAUUUAAAAAAUUG